UUCGCUCUUCACCCGCGUCUUGAGUCUUCGCUCUUCACCCGCAUCUCAAGUCUUUUUCACCCGCGUCUUGAAUCUUCGCUCUUCAUCCGCGUCUUGGGGCUUCGCUCUUCACCAGAUUCUUGGGCUUCGCUCUUCACCCGCGUCUCGGGCUUCGCUCUUCACCCGCGUCUCGGGCUUCGCUCUUCACCCGCGUCUUGAGUUUUCCUCUUUAGCUUCGUCUCGAGUCUUCCUCUUCAUCCUCGUCUUUAACCUUCUUCAUUCACAUACAUUUUAAAAUUUCAUCAACUGAGUGAUUAAUUAAAGUUCUUCGUCCUAGUUUUAUUUUUUUUGUUUCUAAAUAUUAUUUUAUUUCUUCAUCUACCUCUUCUAUCUUGCUUCCUACAAACGAAUCUUCUUAACCACGUUUUCUAUUUGUUAGUGGAGGUUAUCAAUUAUAAUACCUCAUUUACGUCAAAAAUAUUUUUUUCCAAGUGAGUUAACUUCUAUUGUCUUUGUUCUGCUUCGACAUUUUAUUUAUAUAUCGACUAUCAGCCAUCGUCACAUAUUUUUCUUCACUCACGUCUUCAGUCUUCUUUCUUCAACCUCGCCGUCAGUCUUCUUUCUUCAACCUCGCCGUCAGUCUUCUUUUUUCAACCUCGCCGUCAGUCUUGAGUUUCCUCUUUAGCCGCGUCUUGAGUCUACCUCUUCAUCCUCGUCUUUAAUCUUCUUCCUUCACAUACAUUUAAAAAUUUCAUCAACAGAGUGGUUAAUUAAAGUUCUUCGUCCUAGUUUAAUUUUUUUUGUUUCUAAAUAUUAUUUUAUUUCUUCAUCUACCUCUUCUAUCUUCCUUCCUACACACGAAUCUUCACCACGUUUUCUAUUUGUUAGUGGAGGUUAUCAAUUAUAAUACCUCAUUUACGUCAAAAAUAUUUUUUCCAACUGAGUUUUAGCUUCUAUUUUCUUUGUUCUGCUUCGACAUUUUAUUUAUAUAUUGACUAUCAGCCAUCAUCACAGAUAUUUUUUCUUCACUCAGAUCUUCAGUCUUCUUUCUUCAACCUCGCCGUCAGUCUUCUUUCUUCAACCUCGCCGUCAGUCUUCUUUCUUCAACCUCGCCGUCAGUCUUCUUUCUUCAACCUCGCCGUCAGUCUUCUUUCUUCAACCUCGCCGUCAGUCUUCUUUCUUCAACCUCGCCGUCAGUCUUCUUUCUUCAACCUCGCCGUCAGUCUUCUUUCUUCAGUCUCGCCUUCAGUCUUCUUUCUUCAGUCUCGCCUUCAGUCUUCUUUCUUCUCAGUCUUUUUCACGCACUUCUCUCGUCGACCCGAUGUUUUCAUUGUUAAUGUCCUUAUAAUAAAGUAAAAGUAAUCUUCUUUCCCCAAGCACAAAUUCAAUAUUCUUUUUGCAUCCAUGUUUUCAGUCUUCUUUCUUCACCCACAUACUGGACAUAUUUUUUCAACUUCACUUUUUUCUUUGCUCAAGUCACCAGUCUUCUUUCUUCAACGUGUACGACUUCCUUAUCCUCCUACGACUUCGCUCUCCUUUCUUCGCUCAAGUCUUCAUCCUUCUUUGUUCAUCCUCGUAUUUAUUCUUGCUUCAUCCAUGAAUUCGAUAUCCUUCUUCUUCCAUAUCUUCACUCUCAUUUUGUCGCUCUGUCUUCGAUUUCCUUCUGCCACGUCUUCACUCUUCUCUUAUGUUUUAAGCCUCUUCUUCACCCAAGUCUUCUUUCCUCACCCAAGCCUUCAGUCUUCUUUCCUCACCCAAGUCUUCAGUCUUCUUUCCUCACCCAAGCCUUCAGUCUUCUUUCCUAGUCUUAAGGCUUCUUUCUUCACACAAGUCUUCAGCCUUCUUUCUUCACCCAAGCCUUCAGUCUUCUUUCUUCACCCAAGUCUUCAGUCUUCUUUGUACCAAAGUCUUCAGUCUUCUAUCUUCACCCAAGUCUUCAGUCUUCUUUCUUCACCCAAGCAUUCAGUCUUCUUUCUUCAUCCAAGUCUUAAGGCUUCUUUCUUCACACAAGUCUUCAGCCUUCUUUCUUCACCCAAGCCUUCAGUCUUCUUUCUUCACCCAAGUCUUCAGUUUUCUUUCUUCACCCAAGUCUUCAGUUUUCUUUCUUCACCCAAGUCUUCAGUUUUCUUUCUUCACCCAAGUCUUCAGGCUUCUUUGUACCUAAGUCUCCAGUCUUCUUUGUACGAAAGUCUUCAGUCUUCUUUUUUCACCCAAGUCUUCAGUAUUCUUUCUUCACCCAAGUCUUCAGUCUUCUUUUUUCAGCCAAGUCUUCAGUCUUCUUUCUUCACGCAAUUUCUUUCUUCACCCAAGCCUUCAAGUCUUCUUUCUUCACCCAAGUCUUCAGUCUUCUUCUUUUACCUAAGUCUUCAGUCCUUUUUGUACCAGUCUUCAUUCUUCUUUUUCACCCAAGUCUUCAGUCUUCAGUAUUAUUUUUUCACCCUAGUGUUCUUCCUUCACGCAAGCCUUUAGUCUUCUUUCUUCAUCCAAGCCUUCAGUCUUCUUUCUUCACCCAAGUCUUCAGUCUUCUUUCUUCACCCAAGUCUUCAGUCUUCUUUGUAUCAAAGUCUUCAGUGUAAUUUUUUAUCAUCAUUAAGUUUUACGACACCCA